AUGUCAGCCAUUGGUAGUCUUGUCUUCUGCACUGACUGUGGAAAUCUCCUCGACGGAUCCGCCGGCAAACAGAAUGUUAUUCUUACCUGCGCUGCGUGCGGAGCGCAAUGUAAAGACACAUCAUCCAAGACUGUCGUCACAGUCUCUAAGCCCACCGCUUUCCCGUCGUCGUUGCGCGCAAAGAGAUCCGAGGUGCAGACCAUUUCCGAGGCCGAUGUCCAGACCAGCAGCAUAAUCAACCACCCCUGCGAAAAAUGUGGAAGGGAGGAGGUUCGAUACUACACACAGCAACUGCGAAGUGCAGAUGAAGGGAGUACUGUCUUCUACGAGUGCGACUGCGGUCACAAAUGGAACACCAACAACUGA